CUUGCACAUGGCUUCCGUGCCAUCGUAAAAGGUAUUGUACCGCGCUAGCUUUCUAUCCUUGAACCCGAGCUACCAACCCACCCAUCUCGCAAAGCCCAGAUGCGGAGGGGUGCUCUUGUCGUGUUCCAUACGGUGAUUGUUUUCAUUACCUUGAUGUCUUCACAGCGUUUGUCUCGUUCCUAUGUGUAUUUCUCAUGUACCUCUAGCUACUCCACACUACGGGAACUUGGCUCCUCCUCAAGCCGUUUCCACUUGCUCGCACUGCAGUCACACUGCACAUCACUUCAGGUUCAGGCUCUGAGUAAGAGCGAGUUAACAUAGACGCCCCGGCUUUCGUUUACUCACACUUCGUGACCCAAGAGCAUUCAUCCAAGUUGGCUUCCACCUCAUCCUUUCACAGCGAGGUAUUUCUAGUUGGUAGCAGCACGGGAAGUCAAAAAUUUCAUCGCGCAUGGCACAAGGAUGGAAGGAACUCGGGCGUUAAGGUGCUUUGCCAGGUGGAUGGCCU